AUGGACGUUGACCAAGGCCGCGUCCGGCCCAGGCAGCGCCGCCCAUCGCCUCGCCGGCCCAGCGAGCGACGCCCGGACGGCAAGCGCCGCCGCCUCAACAGCGACGACGACGCCGACGCCCAGAAGCCGGCCGAGCACCUGCAGCUCGUGGACGAGGACGGAGCCGAGAACCAAACCCCGGCGCACACGCCACCAGCAGCAAGCGCCCGCCAAGCUCCCGUCCUCGCCGUGUACGUGCACAACGCGGAGCGCUUCACGUGCACGCUUUUCUGGCGGGCUGCGCGUGCGGCACCCCCUUUGCGUCGCGGCCAGCGGCAGCUAAACACGCGCAAGCGUGCGCCGGCCGUUCGACUGCACUUCCGGCUACGGCUCCGCCAGUGGCAGGGACAUCAAGCCCCACCGCUGCCGCAGCCAACGCCACCGUCGCGACGGCCACUGUCACGCCCGACUCGCCCCAACCAGCAACCCCGGAGCUCGCAGCGUCCCCCCCGCUUGCGAGCCCCACUCAUCCCGAAGUUGAAGUUGUUGAAGUGCAGGAGCAGCCGAGCCAUGGACGAUGGGGGCCAGCGCUACCCCGAGCUCUGGUCGCUGAACGUGUCGCCGCGCGCCUUGGUGCCAUUCCAGCACCACGCUGGGAACCUCCGCUGCCCCGAGAGCUGGUGGCCACCCGCAUAG